ACCACAGACUCAGACCAGCAGCUCAGCUCUCAACUGCCGUCGAUGGCGAAAUGCAGCAAGAUCCACAACAUCGUCUUGCUCCGGCAGACCCUGCAGCGGUGGCGGUCCCGUGCCGCGGCGCGCGCUGCUACGGGUGACAGCAUGGUGUCGGUGCCGGCGGGGCACGUGGCGGUGUGCGUGGGCGGCGCGUCGCGGCGGUUCGUCGUGCGGGCGGCGCACCUGAACCACCCCGUGUUCCGGGAGCUGCUCCGGCAGGCGGAGGAGGAGUACGGGUUCCCCUCCGGCGCGUGCGGCCCCAUCGCGCUCCCCUGCGACGAGGACCGCUUCCGGGACGUCCUCCGCCGCGUCUCCUCCGAGGAGCGCCUCGGCGUGGCGGCCGUCAGCAGCUGCGACAUCGCGACGCGGCCGUUGCUGCAGAGGAUGGCGGCGGAGGAGCUCGUGUGGUGACCGGUCGAUGGAAACAACACGCAUAAGCCAUUCGGCAUACGUGCUCUGUUCUCACAUAAGGUAGCCCUGGCGAUUUGACUCCGGCGACGGCAGCCGUGGCAUCAGCAAGUGGUCUUCCGUACGCGGAAAUGGCGAAAUCAUGUCGCCGCUGGGAAGACUCCGCCCGCCCACCGGCGCGCACGGCAAGCGCCCGAGGACCGAAUGUCUUAUUGACGGACGUUGUCCGGUGUCCGGUGUAGCCGUCAGCGGCGCCCCGAAACACGAAUCGGGGACGGUGCCGCGCGUGAGCAACCGAGCCUCUGUACGACUUGAAAAGUUAGACUGUAGUUAGAAGAAAUUUGUAGUGAUUAGUUCAAGAUGAAGAUGACGAAUUUUGUGAUUGUCGUAAUUAAUCGAUUGCAUUCCUUGCCGCUAAUAAUGUCUUGGCUCUCCAUGGGUGUCA